AUGGCAAACAUCUCUUCAUCCCCUGACGAUGAUUUAUUUAAGAAAUUUAAACUUAAAUAUGAUCGCACAAUACAACUAAAAUACGAAUCUGAUACUCAGAUUAAUACAUCGAAUUCUAAUGCAAAUUCACCAACAAAUAUCGAUGAUGUUCAACAACCAAAUACUUUUUUCAAAGAUAUUCAAUUUUCCAAAAAUAAUAAUGAUAAUACCAUUUCAUUGAUUCAUAAUCAUAAAAAAUCAUGUAGUGUUUGCAAUGGCACAGCAAUAGGUUUUCAUUAUGGUCUGCGUACUUGCGAAGGUUGUAAAGGCUUUUUUCGACGAACAGUACAAAAUAAUAAAAAAUAUCGUUGUAAUAAAAAUGGUUUAUGUAUUAUUGAUAAAUCUCAACGUAAUUUUUGUCAAUAUUGCCGUUAUGAAAAAUGUCUUUCAAAAGGCAUGACUAUUUCAACGUACAAAACUCAAACAACUGAACAAAUGAAUAAUAAUUCAAAUGUUGCAUUUAGUAAAUUAUUUGAUAUAAAUUCAUUUUAUGAUUUCAAUCAAACCUGUACAUUAGAUGUGUUAUUUAAUCAUUUACAAUCAUUAGUAAAUAAUAAGAAUUGUUUAACGAAGGAAUCUAUAAGAAAGAUUUCUUGUUUAUUAAUUGAUACAUUUAUUAAUUGGUAUCGUUCAUUACCAUUCUAUUCAAUAAUAAAUCUUGAUUUAAAUCAAUUUAUUCUUAAUAAUUGUUGGUCAAGUUAUAUAAUUUUAGUUAUUUUUUAUUUUUUAAAAGUAAAUUAUAAUGAUCGAUAUUUUCUUUCAUAUGAGAAAUAUUUUCAACGUUUAUUUUCUUAUACACAAAAUGAUAUUUUAUUAUCUUUAACAUCGCAAUUACUUGAUCAACUUAUGCAUAUUUUAAAGAUAUUUUUUAAUUCGAAUAUUACAAAUAUAGAAUUUUUUCUAUUAAAUAUUUUACUUAUUUUUCAAUCAGAUCAAUUAAAUGAUACUACUUUAGAUUCUAUGGAAGAAAUCUAUAUGAAAAUUUUAUAUACAUAUGAAAUAAAUACAUUUCCAGUGAAACAAUCUUGUCGUUAUAAUCAAUUAUUAGAUUUAUCAAAACAAAUUCGUUUAUUAACACAAAUACUUCUCACACAUGAACAUUUUUAUUUGCCAUUUUUACUUAUUCCAAAUUAA